AUGAAUCCUUUGUCGCAAAAAGCAAAAGCAAAAGCAAAGAAGGGAGGAGAAGGCUCUAUAGGAGCUGUUUCGGGUUGCAUUAUCCUAAUAUUGGACAAACAUAAUACAACCAAUCCUGGGCAAAGAGAAAGAAACUCCUGCCAUUUCUUAAAUGGAGUCUUGUGGAACUCCACACAAGAUUCAAACCAAAUAAAGGACUUGAAUGACAUCGAGGGGUAUUUUCAAAAACUCCUAAAAAGCGAGAAAAAACUACCAGGGGAAGAGGAAGACACUGUUGACAAGGUAUUUGAGUGA